UCUGCCAUGCUAUGAAAAUGGACACAGUAUUCCAGGAGCAGUUUAACCAGCACCAAGUACAGUGAGGUAAAACAGCCUCCUACUCAAGAUUUCCCCUGUUUAUGCAUCCCAGGAUCACAUUAGUUCUUUUGGCCACAGCAUCACAUUGGGAGUUCACAUUCAGCUGAUUAUCCACUAUAACCUCCAAAUCUUUUUCAGUCACUACUUCCCAGGAUAGAGUUCCCCAUUCUGUAAGUAUGACCUACAUUUUUUUUGUUCCUAGGUGUAUACAUUUACCUUUAGCCGUAUUAAAACACAUAUUGCUUGCUUGUGCCCACCUUACCAAGCGAUCCACAUUGCUCUGAAUCAGUGACCUACCCUCUUUAUUAUUUACCGUUCCCCCAAUUUUUGUGUCAUCUGCAAACUUUAUCAGUGAUGAUUUUAUUUUCUUUCAGGUCAUUGAUAAAAAUGUUAAAUAUUAUAGGGCCAAGAGCCAGUCUCUGUGGGACCCUACUAGAAACACACGUGCUCAAUGGCGAGUUCCCCAUUUACAGUUACAUUUUGAGGCCUAUCAGUUUUAAUCCAUUUAAUAUGUACCAUGUUAAUUUUAUAUUGGUCUAGAUUUUAAUCAAAAUAUCAUGCGAUACCAAGUGAAACGCUUUACAGAAGUCUAAGUAUAUUGCAUCAACACCAUUACCUUUAUUAACCAAAUUUGUAAUCUCAUAAAUAAAAGAUACCAAGUUAGUUUGAUAAGGUCUGUUUUCUGUAAAUGGUGGUUGAUUUGCGUUAAUAAUAGUACCCUUCUUUAAUUCUUUAUUAAUCGAGCCCCAUCUCAGCUGUUCUAUUAUCUUGCCCAAGAUCAUAAACAGAAUGUUUGUCUUUUGAUUUCCCUUGCAAACAGCAUAUACCAAACCAUUCCUGAGGGAAGAUCCUUGUUGUUCAUUAGUUGUACAGUGGUUAUUCCAAGGAGCCCUAAUUGUGAAUUAGGGUACUACUGUGCAAGAUGCUGUACAAACACACAAUAAAAAGACAGUCUCUGCCACAAAGAAGUUACAGUUUGAGAGAGAGAGACUGAUUCACUCCUAAAUUGACUUCAUUAUAAAUGUCAUAUUACUGCAUAAUUGCAUUUAUGACCAAUACUGUUGGCAUGACCUGACAGUUUGAAGGCACCAUACAAUGAUUUGCAAGGCACUAAUAGUUCUGGAUCAUUGGGUGGUCUUGAUGUUCGCAGACGAAUCCCUAUAAAGCUCAUCUCCAAACAGCCCAACAAAACCAAACCUGCACCACGUGCUCCAAGAAUUAUGAACAGGAUGCCUUCAAAGGCACAGGCUGGUGAUGAAGAAGAAUUUGAUUAUAAUGAAGAGGAGCGGUAUGAGUGCAAAGGAGCUGACAUGUUUGGGAAUCCAAGAAGAUUCCCUGGACACAUAUUUUGGGACUUUAAGAUAAACUUGCUCGGAGAAAAGGAUGAUACCCCAGUCCAUUUCUGUGACAAGUGUGGAUUGCCUAUCAAAUUGUAUGGGCGUAUGAUACCUUGCAAGCAUGUUUUCUGCUAUGACUGUGCUAUAUUACAUGAGAAGAAGGGUGACAAGAUGUGCCCAGGCUGUAAUGAUCCUGUGCAGCGAAUUGAGCAAUGUGUGCGAGGGUCUCUCUUCAUGUGUAGCAUUGUUCAAGGGUGCAAGAGAACAUAUUUGUCUCAGAGAGACUUACAGGCUCACAUCAACCAUCGUCAUAUGAGAGCUGGAAAACCUGUUACCCGUCCUCCACUUGAACCUGUUCAUCCUCCUAUUGCCCCGCCUCCUGCUGAAAUUCCUGAGCGUUUCAUAAUGCCACCUGAUAAGCAUCAUAUGAGCCAUAUUCCACCAAAGCAGCACCUCAUGAUGCCACCACCUCCUUUACAGCAUGUGCAACACGAGCAUUACAACCAACCGCACGAGGACAUUCGUGCACCUCCAGCAGAGAUGUCAAUGGCUCCACCACCACCACGCUCGGUCAGUCAGGAUACGUUUCGUAUUUCCACAAGAAAACACAGCAAUUUAAUAACUGUCCCUAUUCAGGAUGAUUCAAAUUCAGGUGCUCGAGAACCACCUCCACCAGCCCCAGCACCUGCUCAUCAUCAUCCUGAAUAUCAGGGUCAACCAGUGGUAUCCCAUCCUCAUCAUAUUAUGCCUCCACAGCAACAUUAUGCACCACCCCCGCCACCACCACCACCAAUAAGCCAUCCAAUGCAACAUCCUCCCCAGGGAGCAGGUACUCCUCAUAUGGUUUAUAGCCAAGCUCCACCACCACCGAUGACCUCUGCUCCACCACCAAUAACCCCUCCCCCUGGACACAUAAUUGCCCAAAUGCCACCAUAUAUGAAUCACCCUCCUCCAGGACCUCCCCCUCCUCAACAUGGUGGCCCACCAGUAAAUGUAAAUGCACCUCCUCCCCAUCACUAUAAUCCUAACUCUUUGCCGCAGUUCAGUGAAGAUCAAGGAACUCUCAGCCCUCCUUUUACACAGCCUGGGGGAAUGAGUCCAGGGAUGUGGCCAGCUCCAAGAGGGCCUCCUCCACCCCCAAGAAUGCAAGGCCCACCUUCUCAAGCCCCACUUCCUGGACCACAUCACCCAGAUCAAACCAGAUAUAGACCAUACUACCAAUGAUAUUAACAGUAAUUUGAACUGAGUAUGCUAUGGGAAGGAUAAACUAUAUACAGCAGCCUUUUAAUGAAUCUGUUUUGGGGGUCUCUUUUUUUUUUUCCCCCCUCUCUUUCUCCUCUUCUCCCCCCCCCCCCCCUUCAAAGAAAUACAAUGGUUGUGACUAACACACUCUGGGGACUUGACUCUUGACUUUUUUUUUUUAAUACCUUGACCUUAGGACUCCGACUUCAGAUAUACUGUAGUGCUAAGAUAAGUGGCUCAGUAGAUAACAGCUACAUUUUUAACAGACUUUGUGUCCCUAGUGAGGUUAAACUCUCAGAGAUGGUCAUUUGUAAUAUUAUUUCCUGAAAAAUUGAACACCCGUUGUACCACUCUAUUGUUUUUGUUAAGUCCAAUGUUUAGUUUUACUUGUGAUACUUUUUUGUUAACCUGUGUACAAUAAUUAAAUUUAAAUAUGGUUGUAAAAAUGCUGGGUUUUUAUGUGAAUUUGAGCACAGACACAAUUACUGAAAAAACAUUUCAUGUUUUGACACUAAUACUUUCCCAUCUGGCAUCAUAAUAAAAUGUGCGGUGUAAGAGACAUUCAAGUUUACCUUUUGCAGUAACAUUGUUUGUAGUAAAGUCUGAUGAUCCAAGUUUAAGGGGCUGUAAAUCUGAAGUGCAGAAUCUUGUAUUUCAUACAAAUUUUUAAAUUUUGAGGCAACUUUGGGAGCACAGAGUGAAUGGUACAUGAAAGACACAGUUUUGGUGAUGACAUGAAGCCGUGUUGUCUUAACAUUUUAAAAUCUUAGCUCCCUUCUUGUGGAAAAUUCUGGUUAACUUGAGAUCUCAUACACUCCCUACUGGUGCUGAAUUCAUGUCUUGUGCAUUUACUCAAUGGAUGGUUUCACAUAAAAGGUGCCAUUUACUGACUCACCACAUGAUAUGAAGGAAUCUGAUUUUUUGGCACUUGUUUUUUUCUUUUUCUAUAUAAAGGGUAAUGUAGAGUAGGAAAGUAUUCCACUUUGAUAACCUGGAGUUAGGGAUCUAACAUCUCUUAUGCAGAUUAAAAAUACAUAUGUAUAAAUCAUGUCAAAUUUUAUUGCCAGAUUUGAUGAAGUGCCUAAUGGUUUACAGGAUUUAAUAAUAUGUUUUAACCAUGGUCUUAAAUAGAUUUGACACACUGUCAGGUCCCUUUAGGCCCAAAAUUUAGGUUUUGUAAAACUUUUUUUUUAUUUUUAAUCCUUUGGAAACAGGCGUAAGAAAUAAAUAUCCUAUUUAACACUAGUUGUGUUAGUGCAGGAGAGCCAGAGAAUGAAACUGUUUACACUGCUCUCAUUGUCCAAGCAGAGUGCUUACUUUUUACAUUGCAGCCACAUUAGUGUUGAAAAAUAAACAUUUUAAAAAAAAACUUUUAAAAAUUAAGGGAGUUUAGAGGUAACAAUCUAUUUUUGACUAGGUAUCUAGUCUCACGUUGUGCCUCUAAAACAAUGUAGGAAACCAUCUGUUUACUGGAAUUUUCUCAAAGGCUUAUUUUAUUUACUUCCGUAAGUUCUGUUUUUGCCUCUCACCUAAUAUGAGUUGUUAGCAUUGCGCCUGUCAGAGCAUCUGAUGGCAGAACAUUCCAAACUUUAUAAUUUUGCAUAUAAAAUGAGUGUCUGACAGUCAGGGCGAGGUUUGUGUUCCGUUAGGUUUGUGUUCUGUUCCUGAAUCUGCCAUUGAUUUGCUGGGUGAUGUUGGGCAAAUCACUUAGGACCUGAUUUUUGAGUUUAGGUGCAUGCAAACUCCAUAAAUGUGUGUGAAAAUCAAAUACUUAUUUUGCACAAAUAGCUAUUAUGUGUCUAAUUGUCCAGUUGCCUAUGCAGUUGUAAUGUGACUAACUUCAAAAAAAUCAGGCUUCUUUGCCUCAGUUUCCCUAUCUGCAAAAUAGGAACAAUACCCACCAUUGUUAAAUGCUUUGACAUCCUAGGAAGAAAGAUGCAAGUUAUUAUAAUAUAGGGUUAGUUGAAACUUUACCAUUUGAGUGUGAGGGGAGAGAGGGAAGAAUGACUCAAUAAGGGGUGUUUUGUUUCGUGGUUAAUAAAUAUGUAAGGUAAUUUAAAGGUACCCCCUUUUGUGUUACAGAAUAUUUUGUUCACUAUCAAAUCACUCACAAGCUAAUAUCUUCAAGCAGAUUUUAUUAUAUACACAGAGGAACCUAUCCAACGGUAAUUCCCCUGUCUUAGGGGAGCACUCGUCUUUCUAAGGUUUCUUAAGGAAUU